GAUCGCACCUCGUAUAUCUGUGCUGGAGGAAGUGUUGAUAUGAUAUGGGACAUUCCAGACAUUAUAGUAGCAAGAGUAAACAGAUUUUAUUUGAGCUGACAAUUUGUUAGAGGAAGUAGUGGUCUCUGAUGCAGCAGUAAAAAACCAGUGAGAGAGAGAACAUGUUAUUAAGCAGGAAGUUAGGGGAUUCCCAGUAUGAGAUAAGUUUCUCACUUCCUCUCUAGUCUGCAAAGUGCAUGCUAAGACUAAAGGAGGAGAAGUUCUGACUUUUCUUAUUUACACAUGGUCCGUUAAAGCCACUCCCAGCAAAUUGAGACAGAAGAAAACAGUAUUCAUUUCAGGUGAAAUGUGCAGUAUUUUAAACACACAUUAUAGUAACAACUGAAGAACAGACUGUGAAUUGAAAGGAGUGUGUGUGCUUACAUCUGAAGUGGAUAGCAAAAUAACAAAAAUGAGUUCUUCAUUUCAAGAUUCAUCACCAUAUUAUGAUUAUAAUGAGAGUUCUGCUUUUAAUACUGAGUCAAUAUUUCCAUCCUCAGAUUCUGUAUCAUCAAGUAACAAUGCUACAAUGUUUUUGAUUGGGUCAACAUUAACAAGCUUUAUAGGUGAGGUGAAUGUGAACAUAUUCCCAACAGAAGAUUCAUCAGUAAACUACACAAGAGUGGCAGGUGCCAACAUACAGUUUCGGCUGUAUGAUUACCUCAUCCCCACUAUUGGAGGAAUUGUACUGCUGCUCAACUUAGCUGUGGUGGUAUCUUCAGGGCUGAUUCUGAGAGGGGGAGGUCAGCCACGGACUACUUAUCUGUUCCUUGGAAAUGUGGCAAUGGCAGAUCUGGUGACCAGUGUAGCUAUGCUGUUUGGACAGCUGUAUCCAAGAGAACACAGGAAUGAACUGAUGUGCAUGUUGCAAAUAGGUAUGAUAGUAUCCAGCACACUGGCAUCCAUAUGGAGUGUUCUUCUGAUUGGCAUUGAUCGUUUCAUCUACAUUGUGCAUGGACUGAAAUAUCAGCAAUGGCUGAAUCCUUGUCGAGCUCGAUGGCUCAUACUUUGCACAUGGAUUCUUGGUUUAAUUAUUGGAUUCAUGCCUGCUAUGGGAUGGAAAGGUUGGACCAAUGGUGGAAAGUACUGCUGGUUUAUUAGACUUGCACCACAUGGCCUAGUUCUUCUGAUUGGAGCUUUAGGGUGCCUUCCUAUCAUCAUCAUCACAGUAAUGUACACAAUAAUUCUGUACCAUGCCAUUAAAAAAGUAAUUCAGUUGCAGAAGUCUGACCUUGAAGCUUCAACACAUGUACGAAGAAAUGAUAAUCCAAAUGCGAUGCGAAUUUUCCGAGGUGGUCAAAGCAGUACAGAAAGUAGCAAAGAUAAGAGGCAACGCUCACCUAAAAAAUCAAGGGCUCUUAUGGUGGUAUUUCUCACAGCUGGAUCAUUUAUUGUCACAUGGAUACCAUAUUUCAUAGCCUCAGUAAUGUAUGUCUUUUGUGAGAAAUAUGCUACAGAUGAAAAUACAUGCAAGUCUUUACGUCUUGCUAUUGCAUCUCCACUAGCAAUUCUGGGAUUUAUGAACUCACUCUUAAACCCUUUAAUCUAUGCAUGGUGGCACAAGGGAUUUAGAACAUUUGUGUUCACAAAAAUACUUUGUAGGAGGCGGUUGCAGAAUCAAGCAAAGAAUACAUUAACUGUAAGAACUAGGAAAACAACCACAUCAUAUUCCAGUACCAAUACAACUGGGACUUCUACUUGCACAUCUGAUCAAUCAAGGCCAACAAGUCAAAAGACAAGUUCAAGAAUGAUUGAAGGUCCAUAUAUUGGUGAUAAUGAAGACACACAUCUUUAAUAAGUCUUCAAAUUCUACAAAACUUCAGUUUGUAUAUUGAGUCAUAACAUAAAAGUCAAGAUGUAUGGCUAAGAUUUUAAAUGCAUUUCAAAAUAUCAACACAUUACAGAGAUUAUCCUACAAUCUCUCAGUUUUACCUUCCUUCUGUGUGGGAAAGAAAGUAUGUCAUUAUUCAUACUAUGUGAGUUGGCUAGUCUGUUUAUCUCUUUUCCAUACCUGAUACCCAUCUCUUUUGUACAACUAAUGAAUAGAGUACAUGUCUGUAGAAAUUAUGUUAACAUUUCAUUUGGCAUACAUGUUACAGUAUUAACAAUAAUUUGUUUUUGGCCUUAUUUUCUCUCUCAUUGGACUUCAGUAAGGUAGAGAAGGAGUUGCAUUUCAUUUUAUAUAGUGAAUAAGGAAAAGAAUAGCAAAAUCUGAAUUUAAAUUUCUCAAAGUCAUGAUGAUUAGACUAUAUGAUUGUGCUGUAUUAAUCUGUGUAAAAACAUUUUGCUUUAAUUGGUAAUAAAACAGAGUAAAGCAAGUCAAAA